CUGGCCUCUGCUCUGACCUCUAACCCCUCCCAUCUGAAAGAGUUGGACCUGAGCUACAAUCAUCCAGGAGACUCAGGAGUGAAGCUGCUGUCAGCUGGGCUGAAGGAUCCACAGUGGAAACUGGACACUCUCAGGGUGGAGCCUGCUGGAGUCCAAUGGUUGACACCUGGUCUGAGGAAGUAUUCCUGUGAACUCACCAUUGACACAAACACAGUGAACAACAGCCUCAAACUGUCUGAAGACAACAGGGAGGUGACACGUUUGAAGGAGUUUCAGUCAUAUCCUGAUCAUCCAGACAGAUUUGAUCCUGCACAAUUGCUGUGUAGAACUGGUCUGACUGGUCGAUGUUACUGGGAAGUUGAGAGGAGAGGAAAUGUUGACAUAUCAGUGAGUUACAGAAGAAUCAAGAGGAAAGGAGACUGUUGGUUUGGAUGGAAUGAUCAGUCUUGGUGUCUGAGAUGCUUUAAAGGUGGUUAUACUGCCUGUCACAAUAGCAAUUCAACAAACAUUUCCUCCCCCUCUUCCUCUGUCUCUAACAGAGUAGCAGUGUAUUUGGACUGGCCUGCUGGCAUUCUGUCCUUCUACAGUGUUUCCUCUGACUCACUGACCCACCUCCACACCUUCAACACCACAUUCACUGAACCUCUGUAUCCUGGAUUUUGGUUCAGGGUUUAUUCCUCAGUGUUUCUGUGCUGAGUUGAGUCUAAAGAGUCUCCUCCUGUCAGAGAAACAUUGUUACUCUUGAAAAAAUAGUUCAGUCUCUAUCUUUCUCUUUCACUCAGAAACACAUUUUUCAGAUUCAUGGAUUCUGUUGUUUUUUAAACUCCUAAAUAAUUCCUUGGAAACCUCUUCCUCUUCCAGUCCUUUAAAGAUAGAAGCUGGGAUUAUUCCAGGAUCCACACGUUGUUUCUCUGUUUCCAGUCAAGGCUUUACACUGAAUGUCAGGAUGUUGUGUUUCUCUCUUGGUGUUUUCCUUUCAUUCAUGAUUCAGAUUUAAUUUAAAUGUUGGGCAGUUUUUCUCAAUCACUGGACAUUACCUGUUUGUGUUGGCUCCUAUUUUUCUAAACAUAUCUUUUUUUUAAAGCUAAAAGGUAGUUUUGGUGCCACCUGCAACGAAAAAACUUCCACAUGUUUUAAAACUGAAUUAAAAUUUUUAAUUAAUGUUUGACAUUUCUGGAAGCUGCUAACGUUUAGAAUUAUGUUUCCUUUUCUUGUAAACGUGAAGUUUCUGUUGUUUUAAAAGAUGACCAUUAAGAAAGCUGUGAAGCAUGGUGGUGGCAGCAUUAUUAUGUGAGGAUGCUUCUCAACAGUAGGCCCUGGAAGGCUUAUAAAAGUCAAAUACUGUAAAUGCAGCAAAAUGGAAAUGGAAAAUCCUGAGGAUUACAUCUGCCGAGGAACUUCAGAGAAUGUUUAUUUCUUCCAGCUAAUCUAUUUAAUAUUGAAUUGAAGCGGGUGAAUAUACAGUAUAUGUAAAAUAUUUUGUUACAUAUUUUAAUUUUUAAUGUCAGUUGUGGUAGAAAUCAAUAUA